UGAUCCCCAUUGCACAGGGGUCCUUGCACACCCUUGCACAGGGCUCCCUGCACAAUCACCACCAUCGCAUUGGGGUUCCUGCACACCGCCCCCCAUUGCACGGGGUGGGGGGGGGUCCGCACGCCAACCCAAUUGCACAGGUCUCCUCGUGCCCCGGCCCCCGGUUGCACCAGGGUCUCCACCCCCCCCGCCCCCCCCCCCGUUUUGCACAAGGCUCUUUGCACACUCGCUCACCAGCCGGGCCGCGCAGUGCGCAUGCGCACACCCAACGGCCCCGCGGCGGGAACUACAACUCCCGGCGUGCCCCGCGCGGGCGGCGCCGCGCGUUGAUUGGCUGCGGAGGGGAUUUGAACGGGGCGCGCGGCGGGGCCGGGACCCGGGAGCGGCGCGGGGAGCGCCCCCCGAGCCACCAGCCUGGUGUCGCACGUGAAGCCCCAACCGGAGCUGAUCCCCCCCACCCCGAGAUGGACAAACCUGACGUGCUUGCUGAGCUGUGGGAAAGCCUCUCGCGCUGCCCCCCCGGCGCCACCCCCGGCGCGCGGCUGCGGCGCAGCCAGGACUGCGACCGGGUGCUGCGGCUCUGCGUGGAGCGCCUGGCGCAGCCCGGGACGCCCCCGCCGGGCGCCGCCGCCGUGGUGGCCGUGGCCGAGGCCGCUUGCCGGGGCUACCUGAGCGCGGUGCCGCGUCCCGCCCCGCUCUACCUGGAGAAGAUCCUGUACCACCUGCUGCGCAACGCGGCCCAGCGCGGCAGCGCCGACGGCAGCCGCAGAGCGGCCGAGCUCCUGCGUGCGCGGCUGCGGACGCACCCCCCCGGCACCACGCCGGACAAGGACUUCGCCGCCAUCGCCUCCGGCAGCUUCCUCAUCCUCUGGAGAGCGGCGGCCGCGCUGGCCGAGCCCGAGGGGCCGCAGGAGGAGGGGAGAGCCGCUCUCCGCCUGCGCCUGUGGGCCCUGCGCUUCCUCCUGCUGCUGGAGCGCGACGGGGCGGCCCCCCCGCCGCUGCAGCCGCCGUUCUUCGCCUCGCAGACGGCUCAGCAAGCGGCGGCCGCCGCCGCUCUCUACGAAGCGCAGCGGGCGCCGUGCCCCGCGUUCCUCGGGCAGCAGCUCGCGGAGCUGCUGGCGGUUCUGCGGGAGGAGGCGCCGGAGCCCCCCGCCCUCCAGCAAUCCCUCUGCUUCUUCGAGCUCACCCUGGAGCGGUGCCGGCACCUCUGCAAGGCCGGAUGGCACCGGGAGGCUGAGGACGCCGUAAAAGACGCGAAGGGCUUCUUGGGGUCCGAAUCUUUCAGCGGCCCCUUGUCCGUCCUGGAAGCCGGGGUGCAGCUGCGCCGGGCGCUGGCCGACGGCUGUGCCGCGGGGCCGCCGCUGGCGCGGGCAGCGCUGGCGCUGGGCACGGCGGGGCUGGCAGAGCCGUUCCUGCGGGUGCUGGCCGAGAGCGCCCAGUUCGUGGUGUCGCAGCUCGGUGACUGCGCCAAGAGGAGCGGGGAGCAGCCGCCGCUGCGCCGGGACGACGUGCUCGACCUCUGCGCCUUCACCGAGGGGCACGGCCGCGUCCUCCGCCAGCUGCUCCAGAGGGUUCCUGCCGACAGCGUCAAGCAGCAGCUGAUGGUGAAGCAGCUGCUGUUCCGCAGCAUCCAGCUCUUCACCAGCCUGGCCUACGACACCUCCCUGUGCCCCCAGGUGUUGCCCAUGGGGGACUGGCCGGGUCUGGAGCAGCUGACGAGCGGCUGCGUGAGGAGCGUGCGGUGGAUGCUGGAGGGGCUGGGGGGGCUCCCCGACAGCGAGCGAGCCAAGUACCUGGACAUCACCGCGUCCUGCACCUACAAGCUGGCGUACAUCUUCUACCACCAGCAGCUCCCCGCGGCGGCCGGCGCCGUCUGCGAGCCGCUCUGCGCCAGCCCGUGUGCCGCGGAUGCCUUCGCCCGCCCCGGCGUUCCCCCGGACAGGCUGCACAAGUGCUUCCGGCUGCAGGCCGAGUGCCAGCGCAGGCUGGGCCGGCUGGAGGGGGCCGUGGCGUGCGCGGCGCGCUGGCUGCGGGCGCUGCGGGGCCGCGGCGCCGACCUGCCGCCCGAGCCCCUCGCCCUCUGGGUCCAGCUCAAGGCGGACGCGGCCAAGCAGGGGAACGAGGAGCUGCGGCUGCGGACGCUGAAGGAAGCUUUGGAAGGACAGAACCUGGACGCGGACGCCUUGGUCACCGUCCUGUUUGGCGAGCUGAACGCCUACAAGAGCGUGCGAGCCGACACGGGGCAGGAGCGCUACAACGUGCUCUGCGACCUGCUGCAGAUCUGCUCGGAGCACAGCGGCCGCCUGCACCAGCGCGCCGUCGCCCUGACCGAGCUGGCCCAGCUCUUGUGCCACCGCAGCUACGCCCCGCACACCGACUGCUCCUCCCUGGAUUCGGUCCGUGAGGCUUUGCGGCUGCUGGAGCUGGUGCCCAGGAGCGCCCAGAACCGCGACCAGCUCCUGGACGACCAGGCACAGGCUCUGCUCUGGCUCUUCAUCUGCAGCCUGGAGUCCAACCUGGAGAAGAGCAUAGAGAGGGACCAGCGAGCCAAAGCUCAGGUGCUGAAGAACCUGGAGGAUUUUGAGCCCAACGACCUCAAGUACGACAGGCGGGUGCUGGAGGAGCGCUUCCUGUACGACGGGCUCUCCUUCGACCUGGCGACAGACGCGGCUCUGUCCCAAAGCCUGGACGACGCCUUCGCUCUGUGGAAGCAGCUCCUGGGGACGCCGGGCGUCCCCGCCGUGCGCAGCCCCGAGCAGACCGUCGCCUCCCUGCGCCUCCUGGCAGCUCUCUACACGCUGAUGGCCAAGCCCCUGCAGGCCAUGGAGAGCUACCUGCUGCUCAGAGCCCUGUGCAGCGCGCUCGGGGACAACCUGGGGACAGCCAGCGCCCUGUGCCACGUCACCAAGCUGCUCUUCCAGCUGGAGUGUCCCAGCUACGCCCAGGUUUUCCUGGAGGAGAGCGAGUCCUACCUGCAGAAAGCCGACGGCGGCCACGAUUCCUACCCGCUGCUGCGGCAACGCUGCCUCCUGCUCCGCAGCCAGAUGUGCUGCGUCACCCAGCGGGUCGAGGAGGGUCUCUCGCUGCUGCUGGAGGUGCUGCAGGACCUGGCUGCCCAGAAAGUCACCAAAUUUUGGUACCUGCUGCGGGCCCACGUGCUGCAGCUGGUGGCCGUGUACCUGAGCCUGCCGCCCGCCCGCCUCUCGCCGCGGCUCCGCCAGCGCAUCUUUGCGCACGGGUGGAAAACGCCCGGGACGGCUCUGGUGGAAGCCCAGAAGCUUUUCCGCAGCCUCAUCUACCUCCUGAUGGGCAGCGAGGUGCUGGGCGCCCCCACGCUGGCGCCCGACGGCCAGCCCGUGGACUGCGGGGACAACGUGCUGCUGAAGUGGCAGGUGCUGGGGGACGCGCUGGCCUGCUCGGAGCGGCUGGUGGCCCUGCUGGGCCGGCUGGACGUGGUGUGCCAAGCCAAAGCUUUCUGCCUGGACGCCGCCAAGCUGGCCGCGAAGCUGCAGGCUGCGCGGUGGUGCGCGUCGUUCCUGGUGCUGAAGGCGCAGCUGGGGCUGCGGCUGGACGAGCUGGAGCUGAGCAGCUCGGACCUCCAGCAGGUUCUGUUCCUCCUGGAGCCCGGCAACGAGUUUAAACCCAGCAAGAAGGAGCCAAGCCGGACCAAGAUCCUGCCCCGGAGGCGCAAACCGGAGCACACGGAGCCGCCAGCCGCUGUCUCCGAGCUGCCCAGGGACGACGACGCGUUCCUGAAGGGCCCCGCGCUCGAGUUCGUGCCCGUGCGGAGCGGUUUGGCCGCGGCGGACGCUCUCACCGCCUCACCGGAGCUCAAACCCGCGAGGAAGAGGAGCCCGGCCUUCCUCAGCCACCCCCCGCGCUGCUCCUGCUCCCUGUGCUCCGACCCGGUGCUCUCGGCGCUGUGCCUGCGCUGGCUCCUCUCCCACGCCCGCGCCGAGCUGGCGGCGGGUGCCGGUGCCGCGGCGGCGGGGCUGGCUCUGCUCCGCACCGUGCCGUGCCGCUGCGCCGCCGCCGCCAACCGCUUCGCCGCCGUCCUGCGCCAAAAGCUGCGGGGAGACGGCGGCGACGGCCGCCCGCCCGCACCGCGGCUGCUGGACGACGUGGCGGCCGCCGCUUACGCUGCGCUCGCCCUCCAGAGCCUGGCGAGCCCGCGGUGGGCGCAGGAGCUGCGCAAGGAGCUGGAGACGGGGCUGCGGUUCGUGGCGUCCCGGAGCCCCCACCUGCCCGGCCUGGGGGGCGCCGGGGCCGUGCUGCUGCUCGCCAAAGCCACGGCCGCCGUUUGGCGCCUGGCGGCCGAGCGCGGCGGCUCCACAGACGCUGUUUUUGCCGGUGUUUGGGCUUGUCAGCUGCCUACGCCGACUCCCGCGGAGCCCGACGCGGCGCCCCUGCCCCGAACGCAAAAACCGGACAAGGCGCAACCACGCCGGCGCCAAAAUAAGGCGGCGGUGGCACCCGCCGCGGCCAAACCCAGGGCGAGGAGGACUCCGCGAGCGAAGGCUCUGGCCAUGCUGAACACUGACGACGCCUUCGCCCUGGGUGACUCGGACGGCGAGGUGCCCCCCAUCGUCAUCCGGCCGGUGUCGGUGGCCUGCACCCCGCGCCAGAAGGCCGGACCCCCCCCCAAAACCCGCGGGGCCCCCAAAACUCCCUUCACCAUCUUCAGCGAAUCCCCCCGGGCGGCCGGCAAGUCCCGGCUCCUGCGAGCCCCCAGAGUUCCGGGGAGAGCCAAGUCCCGCCUACAGGUGACGUUCAGCGACGACAGCGACCCCGAGCUUCCCGAAGCGGCGCUGACCCCCAAGUCGUGCUGCGCCCGCAGAGGCCGCCCCCCCAAAUCCCAGAGCCGCAGGGCACAGGCGGGCGGGCGCCGGGGACCCCGCACCAGGGCAGAGGAGGAGCGGGAGCUUCUCAGGGCCAUCGAGGAAGAGGAGAAGGCGGAGGAAGAGCUCGAGAUCAGCUUUGAGGUGGUGCGAGCCUCCGAGGAAGAGGAGGGAGCCCCAGGCAGGAGGUGGCUGGAGGGCGCGGACGGGGAGUACGAGGUGCUGGGGACAAGCAGCGGGGACCCCCUGCACCCCAAUGGAUCCCCAGUGUCCACCCUGCCCACAGUUGAUGGUGUCACCUCGGUCAUCGAGCUGCUGACGAAGGCUUUGAACUGCAUCAGCCACUGCCCGCCCGGCGCGCUCUACGGCCACGUCUGCCGGCUGCUGGCGCUGGCCACGGGCAGCCGCGACCCCCUCCGCGCCGCCUACCUGCUCGCCGAGUCGGUGGCCGUCACCGCGCGCCACCAGCUGCUCGGCGUCACCCACAGGAAGAUGCGCAAAGAGAAGAAGCCGGCGGGGGACGUGGCGGAGCAGCUGCGGGACCUGUCCCUGCGGGAGGGCCCCCCCCUGGCCGAGCUCGAGCGCCUGUUCGCGUUCAGCCCCGCGGCGCUGGGCCCCGAGGUGCAGGACGGCUUCCGGGAGCAGCUGCGGCGCAUCCCCGCCGGGGUGACGGUGUGCGUGCUGGCGCUGGUCGGCGCCCAGCUGGGCUCGGCGGGGGACAUGCUGCUGCUCACGCGGCUGGAGAAGGACGCGGAUCCCGUCACCAUCCGCAUCCCCACCGCGGGCACCGAGGCCCCCCUGAGCUCGGUGCUGAGCGACUUCGACGCCAUCCAGAAGGAGCAGAAGGAGUGCAGCGCCUGCACGGACAAGCAGGACUGGUGGCUGCGCCGCUGCGAGCUGGACCGCAGGAUGAAGAGCCUGAUCGAGACCCUGGAGACGCGGGUGCUGGGCUGCUGGCGGGGGGUCCUGCUCCCCGCCGCCCCCGAUGCCGCCCUGCCCAAGGACGCCGCCCGCCUGCACCCCGAGCUGCGCGGCUGCGGCUGGAGGGACGAGGACCCCGCGCUGCUGCGGGCGCUGCUGAACGCUGCUCCCCUCCUGGGCCCCGAGGAUGUGCGAGCCGUGGCCUUCAGCCUCAGCGCGGAGCGGCCCCGCGAGGCUCAGCGCCUGUUGCAGGAGGCGCUGGAGAAGCGGAGGGCGAAGCAGAGCGGCGGCUCCCUCGUCCUGGUGCUGGACAAGCACCUGCAGAAGCUGCCGUGGGAGAGCAUGGCGUGUCUGCGCGCCGUCCCCGUCACCCGCCUGCCGUCCCUGCGCUUCCUCCUCAGCUACUCGCUGGCACGGGAGCGGGGGGGGUCCGUGCUGAGCCGCGGCAUCGACCCCAGCAGCACCUUCUACGUCCUCAACCCCCACAAGAACCUCCCGGGCACCGAGGAGCAAUUUCGGAGCUGGUUUGAGAGCCUCCCCGGCUGGAAGGGGGUGACCGGAGCCGUCCCCAGCGCCGAGCAGAUGCAGGCAGCGCUCCGCGACCACGACCUCUACAUCUACGCCGGCCACGGCGCGGGCGCCCGUUUGCUGGACGGACAGAGCAUCUCGCGGCUGAGCUGCCGCGCCGUCGCGCUCCUGUUCGGCUGCAGCAGCGCCGCGCUCGCCCUGCGCGGCGACCUGGAGGGGGCCGGCAUCGUCCUCUCCUACAUCCUGGCGGGCUGCCCGCUGGUGCUGGGGAACCUGUGGGACGUGACGGAUCGGGACCUCGACCGCUACGUGCGGGCGCUGCUGGAGGGGUGGCUGGGGGGGGGCGCGGGGGCCCCCCUCCUCUCCCACGUCACCCAGGCGCGCCAGGCCCCCAGACUCAAGUACCUCAUCGGGGCCGCCCCCGUCGCCUACGGGCUGCCCGUCUGCCUGCGGUGAGGGGGUCCCCAACCUCGGGGGGGGGUCCCCAACCCCGGGGGUGGCCGUUUGCAACUGGUUGAGUUUAUUUUAACAGAAGAGCUUUUAUUUGCGUGUUCUUGGGUAAUAAAGCUGCUACUUUUA